AUGGCAUCCCUCGAAGUGGACGUGCAUUCCAAUCUGAAAUCAUUACUUAAUGAAAUCCCAAGGAAGAGUUCAGAAGUAAUUGCCGAUGAGAAGAAAUUUGUGGUGGGCACCUAUGCAAGGACAUCAGUGGUGUUGGCCAGUGGGAAGGGCUGUAAAGUGUACGAUGUUGAUGGGCAAGAAUAUCUGGACUUGACUUCUGGUAUUGCUGUCAAUGCUCUCGGACAUGGGGACCCCGAUUGGGUGCGGGCAGUUACGGAGCAAGCUAAUGUACUCACGCAUGUCAGCAAUAUAUAUUAUUCCAUUCCACAGGUGGAGCUUGCAAAACGUCUGGUUGCUUGCUCUUUUGCUGAUCGUGUGUUUUUUUCCAACUCUGGAACCGAAGCAAAUGAAGCCGCUAUUAAGUUUUCCCGGAAGUUCCAAAGAUAUUCGCAUCCAGAUGAGAAGCAGCCACCUAUGAAGUUCAUUGCCUUCACAAAUUGCUUCCAUGGUAGAACCAUGGGUGCUCUUGCACUGACAAGCAAAGAGAAUUACAGAUCACCUUUUGAGCCCGUUAUGCCUGGAGUGACAUUCUUAGAAUAUGGUAAUAUCCAAGCAGCUACUGAAAUUAUUCAGAGUGGGGAAAUUGCUGCAGUAUUUGUUGAACCCAUUCAAGGAGAAGGUGGUAUACAUAGUGCAACAAAGGAGUUCUUACUAUCCCUGCGCACUGCCUGUGAUAAUGCCGGUUCUCUUCUUAUUUUUGACGAGGUACAAUGUGGCUUAGGCCGAAGCGGUUAUCUUUGGGCCCAUGAAGCUUACGGUGUAUACCCAGAUAUAAUGACCCUUGCAAAGCCUCUAGCCGGAGGUCUACCUAUUGGUGCUGUGCUGGUAACCGAAAAGGUGGCUCGUGCAAUAAAUUUUGGAGAUCAUGGUAGCACUUUCGCAGGUGGUCCUCUUGUUUGUAGUGGUGCAAUUGCCGUGUUGGAUAAAAUUUCGAGUCCAGGCUUUUUAGCCAGCGUCUCAGAGAAAGGUCAAUAUUUCAAGGAACUGUUAGUUAAAAAUUUGGGAGGAAAUUCGCAUGUGAAAGAAGUACGAGGUUCAGGACUCAUUAUCGGCAUAGAGCUCGACGUAUCUGCCUCCCCCUUGGUCGAUGCAUGCCAACAGUCGGGUCUUCUUAUCUUGACUGCAGGAAAAGGAAAUGUUGUUAGAAUUGUGCCACCACUGAUCAUAUCGACUCAGGAAAUUGAUCAGGCCGUUGAGAUCUUGAUUGAUCGUAUCCCUGUUCUUGAUCAGGCUAGCACAAAUUAG